AUGGGUGAGUGGAGGAGCUGCCUUCUGCCGCUGCUGGCGCUGCUGUUGGCCGCCGUCCCCGGGGCCGUCGCUUCAGAACCAUGGAGGCACAAAGCUUUAACAGAGAUGUUUAUGAGUGGGCUGGAGACAUUUCAUUCAUCAGGAGUGAAGCCACCUCACUUUCAAGAGGCAUUGCAUCAUCUCGCCCUGACAAAUAAGAUUGAGUCAGAAUAUCUUUCAGAUCUGAGCCAAAAGGACCAGGAGACCACUUGUGUACUCUGUGAUGUAUUUGUGAAUGCAGUAAUGGAGUAUUACAAGAGUGGGAAAUCAAAAGAUGAAUUAGAAGCUUUACUCUUGGAAGCUUGUAUCACAUUCAACAUACAAACUGAGGAAGUCUGCAGAGGCAACAUCGAGGGAAGUAUUGAUAUAAUGGUGUACAUAAUUGAUAACACCCCAACUCUCACAGCAAAGCAGAUAUGUAGUGUUCUUCUGCAGGACUUGAAUUGUCCAGAGAAUGAUCCACCAUAUGAAUGGACAGUUGAUAUUGAUCUGGGUCAGAAGCCACAGUACGUUCCACCAUCAGAUCCAGCGGAGGUUGAGCUUCUCACAGUGCUACAUAUAACAGAUACUCAUCAUGAUCCAAAGUACUCACCUGGUAGCAUUGCAACAUGUGGAGCACCGGCAUGCUGCCGCAUUGAUCAGGGUCAAGCACCGGAUGAAGCAUCUGCUGCUGGUUACUGGGGUGACUACAGGAAAUGUGACAUACCCUGGUAUGGUGUGGUGUCUAUGCUUACAAAUGCUGUCACUUAUAAUCCUGACAUCAGUUAUGUUUACUUUACUGGUGAUGUAAUUGACCAUGGAGUGUGGGAGACAAGUAAAGAAAGGAAUAAUGAGUCAUUCCAGCUUUUUUAUCCAACACUGAAACAAGCAUUCGAUGAUGCACCUGUUUUUCCAGCAGUUGGCAAUCAUGAUGCACAUCCUCAGAACCAGUAUGCACCUGAUGAUGUAACAGAUGAAGCCGUGUCCACUAAAUGGCUGUAUGAAACAAUGGCAAACCUGUGGCAGACAUGGCUACCAGCUGAAAUAGUGCCAACUGUUACAAAGGGUGGAUAUUAUACAACCCUUGUGAGGCCAGGUCUUCGGAUCAUAUCUCUCAACAACAAUGUGUGCUAUAAAUACAACUGGUGGAUUCAUUACAAGCCUGCAGAUCCGUAUGGGCAGCUGAAGUGGUUAGCAGAAACAUUACUUGCAGCUGAAGCAGCAGGAGAAAAAGUACACAUUCUUGGUCACAUACCAUCAGGAGAUAGUAACUGCUAUUCAACAUGGUCAAGAGAAUACAACAGAAUAGUUGAUCGAUUUGAGUAUACCAUUGCAGCUGUAUUCAAUGGACACACACACAGAGACAGGUUUCAGCUGCACUAUGCUUCUGAUGAUCCAUCAAGGGCCAGCAUUGUUGCUUACAAUGGAGGAAGUCUUGUGACAUACUAUGAUGUAAAUCCAAAUUACAAAGUAUACAAAGUAGAUGGAAAUACAGGAGCUGUUGUGGAUUACACUACUUGGAUGUUUAAUCUUACUGAAGCCAACCUUGAUCCUGAUAAUGAACCUAACUGGUACAAACUUUACUCCUUCCAAGAAGCUUAUGGUGUAGAGUCUAUGAACUUGACUGAAUUGAACAAAUUAGUCCAUCGAAUGGCCGAGACUCCUGAGAUCAUACAACAAUACUAUGGAUAUUCUGUGAAAGAGGGAGAUCCAAGCUUAGAAUCAGGGUGUGAUGCAGACUGUGAGAGGAGUCAACUAUGUACUAUUGUUACAUCCUAUUUCAGAGACACUACUAAAUGUGAUGAAUUAACAGCAAAUAUGCCUGUAAAAGCAGAAGUUCCAAAUAAGUAAUUUAAAUGAAAGCCACAAAGAUGAAACUACCUUGUAACCAACACGUUACAGGUGAAAUUAGUGAAGUACUCAUGUAAAAAGCUGAAAAAUCAGUAAUGUUUUAAAACCUCUGCAGAGCAUUCAUUUAUUUUAAUGUGACAUAGAUUUUGUAGCCAUUCUGUGCAAGGAAGCAGUGAGUCAGUAACUACAAAAAUUAUGAAUAAAACAAAGUUUUAUUUGAAAAAUAUGUUUCUGUAUAUGUAACAAAACUACGGGCCUUGCUCAACCUCAGUCAAAAAUUAUUAA